AUGGAAAAAACGGAGGAGCUUGGGCACUGGAAUACCGCCUCAAGUACUGGGAGAAACCUUAUUGUAUGUAUUGAUGGAACGGACAAUCAAUUCGGAGACAAGAACACCAAUGUUAUCGAACUAUAUAAUUUGAUCCUAAAAGGAGUGGAGCAUAAUCAACGGACAUGGUACAAUAGUGGUAUCGGUACCUAUUAUAUAUCUCAUAAGAUUGAUUCUGCUGUGGCAUGGAAUUUUGAAAAGACAAUACUAGGUGCUUACCGAUGGUUAUCAGAUAACUAUGAACCUGGUGAUCGCAUAUUUCUCUUUGGAUUCUCCCGUGGGGCGUUUCAGGUUCGAGCCCUAUCAGCCAUGAUUAACAAGGUUGGCUUGAUACAUAAGGGGAACGAAAUGCAAAUCCCAUUUGCAUACGAGCUCUACAGGAAUAGCGACAGCGGAACUACGACUGACAUAGGUUUGCGCGACGCUUCUAAAACAACUAGGGCUGCCCGGUUCAAAAAAGCAUUCUCGGUCGACGGCGUUAAAGUUCACUUUGUCGGGGCAUGGGACACUGUUUCAUCCAUAGGUUUUACGCGAAGAAAAAAAAACCUUCCUGAGACUGUUGACGGAAUGAAACAUGUUUGUUUUUUUCGCCAUGCACUAGCACUCGAUGAAAGACGUGUUAAGUUUUUACCGGAAUACGCUCACAGUGGGAGAUCCCCUAACAACAUCCCCCAAUCUGACGACGGCAAAUGUGCUCCGCAUGUAUUGGAAGUAUGGUUUGCUGGAACACACUCUGAUAUAGGGGGAGGCAGCGUUGAGAACCCAGAACUGGACCGCAGCAGACCGCCGCUUCGAUGGAUGGUGUUCGAAGCUGGAAAGUUUGGCCUCCGUACCUCUGUAUUUGAUCAAGAGUUAUCCCCACACCAAUUAACUGAAGUCAAAGAGUCUUUAACAUUGAACUGGUGGCCUCUCGAGCUUUUGCCGCAUUUGGGGUCAGCACGCGUAAUUCACGCCGGCCAGAAGAUUCACAAUACAGUCAUUUUGACGGACAAGUCCGACUAUGUUCCGAAGGCUCUCCCCGAAGGCAAGGAUUCUCAAUUUUGGCAGCAACUUCGCAACGAUUCAACCACCCAGUCUGAUUGGCUGGAACAAGACUUGUACAAGUACGCUGAGGGUUUAGUGCGUAAAUAUAGAGAUACCCAAGACAAAGUCAUAUUAGUCAUGUUGCGGCAAAUCGCUGUAUCGGCUUGUGUUCAUGUGCUAUCGGGACAUGAAGGAUCUGUAUGCUCCGUGGCAUUUUCUCCGGACGGUGACGUCGUAGCUUCCUCCUCGCUUGAUCGCUCGAUUCGACUCUGGGACAUUGAAACGGGGAAUGAACUACGCUGUCUCAGUGAUCCCGCAACUUAUAUGACAUCAGUCGCCUUUUUAGACGAUGGAAUUCGGCUAGUAUCCGGGUCGUAUAAUGCAAAGAUUUUCACCUGGAAUACGAAGACAGGCACUAUCAAAGGAGACCCGUUCGAAAAACAUGCUGAGCCCGUCACAUCUAUAUCUGCUUCCCCUGUCGGCACUCAUUUGGUCUCAGGGUCUGACGAUCAAACAAUCCGUAUCUGGGAUAUGGCCACGGGGAAAACAAAUUCAGAUCCUUUUCAGCAUUGCGACGGGAAAAUUUUGUCUAUAGCUUUCUCGCCUGAUGGUCGGAGCAUAGUUGCUGGUUCAUCUAGCGGAUCAGUUCAGAUAUGGGAUAUCAAAACUGGCAAAUCUCUUACAGGGCAAAUGACAGGACACACAGGCCCUGUCUGGUCCGUUGCUUUCAGCUUCGAUGGAAACUUGGUGAUAUCUGGGUCCUCCGAUAAAUCAAUCCGAAUAUGGAAUGCGAUAACAGGCCAAGGAGUAGGCAACCCGCUAUACGGCCAUAAAGGUUGGGUGAGCGCAGUGGCAUGUUCUCCGUCGGAUGAACGUGCCGUGUCCGCCUCCAGUGACUGUACAGCUCUUGUAUGGGAUACAAAACAGAUGCAUCGUGUUGGAAAAUUGAUCGGACAUAAAGGAAAGAUAAACUCUGUUGCGUUUGGGAGCAAUGGAAGAAGACUAGCCACUGGAUCAAGCGACAGGACUGUUCGAAUAUGGGAUGUGACAAAGACUGGAUUAUAG